CGAUACGCCCAGCGUAAUUAGAAGGUGAACAUGGACUGGCUAAAGAAGAAGAAGGAAGCAGCGCAGCAAGCGGCAGCCAAAAUCUCCAACAAACGCACGGCCUUCCGCGGAGAGGGAAACGUGCUGGGAGGUGGCGACGCGCCCGCUGCUGCUGCUCCAGCGCCCGACGUAUCCCGACGCCCGUCCAUCAAGCUGCCUUUCGCCAGCCACAAACCUCCCGCUCUCUCCGCCGAGGAACAGCAGAAGCGGCGCGAGCUGCAGGCCAAGGCGCUGGAGCAGCGAGGCAACGCGUGGGAGAAGCGUGUAGCCAACGGGCGCAAGGCGCGACUGCAGGAGGAAGAGGAGCUCGAGAGUAAAUUCCAGUACGCAGAGCCUGCAUCUUUGACUGCAGAAGCGGCACCGUCAGGGCCGCCUCCCGUGCUGCUUUCCAAUGAACAAGUGAAGGCGCGUGAGCUGCAGAGUGCACACCAGCAGAUGGGGUUCAACCCAUACGCAGCCACCUUCUCGUCCUCUACGCAGGCAGUUUCUGCCAUAAACGGAAUUGGAGCAGAAGCUAUAGCUCCUCCGCCUGCACCGAGUGGCGAUACAAUAUCACCGCCGGCUCCGUUCCCAGCUAUUCCUCAAGUAGCGGCACCUGAUGGUGUGCUGACCAACUCGGACGUUGCAGAGAAUGGUGCUGUGUACGUUCUGUUGCGACAAGACCCGCCACGCGCUAUCACGGCGGCGGAAACGCUGAUAAAGAUGCUGGCGAAUGUCUUGAAGAAUCCGCAGGAGGAAAAAUUCCGCAAGAUCCGACUGUCGAACGCCGCCAUCCAGUCCAAGCUGACGUCAGUGCCCGGAGCUGUGGGUAUAUUGGCAGAAGCCGGGUUCUCGAGGGUCGAGCUAGAAGGUGAAGUCUAUUUAAUGCUGAUUGCAGACGCGUUCCAGGCUGAGCGAGUGCAUUCCGCCCUUGAUCGCACAGAAGUGGCGCUGAUUCAGCUUCAGCACGAUUCAGCGUAGGUCUGUUAGACGCAGCGGUAUCUGACGAGCUCAAUAUGAUGCAAGCUGCAGUUGUAA